CCCGUCCCUGCCGGGGCUCCGCCGUGUCCCUGAGGGCAGGAGAGGGACCUGCCGCACCCCUGCUCUGUGCCCGGCCCGCCCGCCAAGGAAACCCGGGGAUAAAACACACAUUUGGUUCUGUUAAGCACCGAGCGGCAGGCUUAAUGCUCUCCACAGAAAGUGAGGCCGAAUAACGUGCACAUGCCGAGUACUGGAGGAGAGGCUGAAGGACAUCCUGUUUUGUUUCAGCACUGUUGUUAUUCUUUGGGGUGAAAUGAAAAAUUUGAUUUUGUUUUGGAAACACUCAUAUUUCUGAUGCAACUGAACUUCAGUAACCUUUUUUGCAGUACAGAUUUCAACAAUUUUUUUUUUUCUCUUGAACAAAGAUGCAGAACUUGUCGGUGGUAGAAAGUCUUGCUAAUACAGACGUAUACUGUGAGCCUCCAAGAGACCUGGCAGCUGAGGCAGGUGGCGUGUCUCUCAAUGAAAGUGGCUGUAACUGGAAUGAAAGAACAAGUAAUGAAGAAAUUUUUAAUCUUGAAGCAAUGCAGCAAAGCCUCCCUGUCAUGAACAGCAAAGGGAGAAGUUGUGAGGGGUUUUCUGAGAGCAGCUUUAGUUCCUCAGAACCCAGUGGGUCCUGGGGUGAUUUUGAAGGCUUCAAGGAGCCCUUAGACAAAUCAGAGAGAUUCGGUCAUAACCUUGAAGUUUUGGUGAAGUCAGCAAACCGUUGUGGAGCAGAUCUGGACCCGAGCAGCAGAGGCUGCAGCGUUUCUGAGCCAUCUCUGUGCCAUGGGACACAGGCUGAGGGCUCCCUGAGUGAGGCACUAGGAAUAAGUAGGCACAGAGGCAAGCAAGCACGUAGGCACUGUGAACCUUGCCCUGAAGGACAUGCACUGGAAAAUUUAGACAAGAAAGAGCAUAAGGAACAACAAAUCGGGAAGGAAGACCACAGCUAUGAGGAGAUAUUUAAAUUGGCCUUUCCAGAAGUCUUUGUACCACAGUUCAGAGAGUGCAUAAGAAGCUUAGAGCAAGUUCUUGAUGCAAAUAAUGAAGAUGUUUGGAUUCCUGAACUUUUGAAGAAUCAACUUUGCGUGGAUUCUGGAAAUGUAUGGAGAGCACUCAGAGACUUUGAUAAUACCCCCAGCUUAAGACAUCCCUGGAGUAAAUCUCAUUGCCAAGAAAACCUCUUGAGCAUUCUCGGAAUAGAUGCAAAUCAAAAGGAUGUUUCAGAGAACCAGACUGAUAUUUUUGAGGAUUCAAAUGUCAAAGAUAAUGAGGACUUUAGAUUUGAUGGAUUCAGUGUUAAUGACUGCAAAGCAUUGAUCCAGACCAAGCUUUCUGUGUCACCAGACUCCAGACAUGGUCGUCUUUUCACCUGUAACCUCUUUCUGAAGACUUCAUCAUCAGAUGAAAACACACAGUGUAUAACAAUCCCAAGGAAGAAGCAGAUUUUUGCUACACACAACCUAAAAAUGAAAUUUUUUAGUAGUGAUGUUUGUUGAACUAAAUACAAUUUUUAGCUUUUUUUCUCCUUUUUUUUUUUUUUAACUGAAUGCAGUUUACCUUUAUUUUGUUACUGACUUGGUACUAUAGACUACAGACAUUCUUUAGGAAAGUGACAUAUUUCUGUAUAUGAUGGACCUAUGGCCACGUUAUUAGAGGAUAUUUCUCCUGUUUAGUUGUCAAAUUUUGUAAUUUGGCUCUGCUAAGUUUUGCUGCAGAGUUGUGUCUCUUACAGGAAAUGCUGCAGCUGCAGCCACACUUCAAGAUAACUCUGGUGGACCCUCCUGAACUACUGACCUUUGAGGCCUUAAUGCCUCUUCAGUCAAAACCCUUCUUUCCUGCCAAAAUCUACACGAGUCUCAGGUGUGUUGUGCUGUGCCUUGUGGCCAUCUCUCCUCAUACUUGCUCCAGUUUGGAUCAGCUGAGAUCUUUGUUGCUUUGCCACUGCUGGGUGUAAUGAGAAGAGCCUUCUUCAUUGGGGGACUUUCAGUGGGGUUUAGCAGAAUAAAAGUGUUUUAAUUUC